CGGGUCACGUGGGGGUGGGUGUGUCCCGAUCACGUGACAGCGAGCGGACAUGGCGGCGAGGAGGCUGCUCCCGCGCUGGGCUGUGGCGCUGCGGCCGGUCAGUUCGGCGGCAGCGGCGGGCGGAGCCAUCCCCAGGCGGGUGAAGGUGGUGGAGGUUGGGCCGCGCGAUGGGCUGCAGAACGAGAAGAAUGUGGUGCCCACACCAGUGAAAAUCCACCUGAUCAAUCUGCUGUCAGAGACAGGACUCCAGGUCAUAGAGGCCACCAGCUUCGUUUCCCCUAAGUGGGUUCCUCAGAUGGCUGACCACACAGAAGUCAUGCAAGGAAUCAGCAAGCUGCCAGGCGUCAGCUACCCUGUGCUGACCCCCAACCUGAAGGGAUUCCAGGCAGCGGUGGCAGCAGGGGCCCAAGAAGUGUCCAUCUUUGGAGCAGCCUCUGAGCUCUUCACUAAGAAGAACAUCAACUGCUCCAUCGAGGAGAGCUUGGAGAGGUUUGGUGCAGUGAUGACAGCAGCCAGAGCAGCCAACAUUCCUGUCAGGGGGUACGUUUCCUGUGUCCUUGGGUGUCCCUAUGAAGGGAAGAUUUCUCCAGCUAAGGUGGCAGAGGUCUCAAAGAAGAUGUACUCCAUGGGGUGCUAUGAGAUCUCCCUGGGUGACACCAUUGGCAUCGGGACCCCAGGCAGCAUGAAGGAGAUGCUGACAGCAGUCAUGAAGGAGGUGCCAGUUGGGGCUCUUGCUGUUCACUGCCAUGACACCUAUGGGCAAGCUCUUGCCAACAUCUUGGUGGCACUUCAGAUGGGUGUCAGCGUGGUGGAUGCGUCUGUAGCUGGCCUGGGAGGCUGCCCCUAUGCCCAGGGAGCAUCAGGCAACGUUGCCACAGAGGACUUGGUGUACAUGCUGAAUGGCCUGGGCAUCCAAACGGGUGUGGAUCUGCAGAAGCUGAUGGACACAGGCACAUUUAUUUGCAAUGCACUCAACAGAAGAACCAAUUCCAAAGUGUCCCAGGCAUGCUGCAGGCUGUGAGGUGGAACUGAGUUUCUCCUUGGAUCAAGAAGAAAGCAAGGAUCAGGCAUGGGCUGGGUUUCCUCUCUGCUCUGAUGCCUUCAGUGCCCCUUCCAGGCUCAGCACUUGAGAAGAAAUGCAUAAUCCACCAGAAAUUAAAGACCACCAAGACUACUGCAGUACAUCUUGAAGCCUUCAACCGUUUGCCUUAGAGAAGGGGCUGAGGGAGAAGCAGAGGCUACAGUUGUCUUCUCAGAGAGCUGUGGUCUGCAGCACAGGCUCAGAGCAGCAUCUGGUGUAACUUCUGCCUCCAGCCUGUGUUGCCAGCAGAGGAUGAAGCACAGUUUUUGCAAUUAGAGCACUUCUCCAGGUCAGUUUUGACUCUUCCCUUCUGUCUUCUCACUACAAAUGUUAAGACUGAAAGCAAAAGGCUCCCCUGCCUAAUUUAAGUGUCAAGGAGCAGCUUUGGACCUUCUGUCUUGGCAUUUAGGGUUGGUUAUAACUGUAUCUGUUGUAAGAUACUUCUACCUGCUGAGAGUAAUAAACACAUUAUUUAAUAUUCUAAA